UUUAUCAACAUGUCGGACAAUGAAGAUAUAUUAGGCGAUGAUCUUGGUGAUCACAGUCUUGCAGACUACAACUUAGGUAAUGAAGAGGAAGAAGAGCUUUUGGCCGACGAUUAUGACCAUAGUACGUCACAGAAUGUGCCUACAUCUGACGCCACGGCGUACGGAGAAAGUGUUGAUAUUGUUCAACCAACUUAUGAUUCCAAUCAUAUAGAUUAUUCACAGCAGCCUGCCUCAUAUCCAGUGAUAAGUGAUAGUGAAUGUGUGGUACCUAAUAUAACAACAGAAGUACAAGACACAAGACUUCCGGAACAUUCCACCUAUGCACCAUACCCAGAAUCACGGACAUAUGAAUUAGAACAUGCUGUACCUCCACCAAUUCCAGCUGCACCAAUUGAAUCUCCUCAGAUUGUACCUUCUGAAGUACCAACAUCAAAUAUUGGUGACCUAGGUGCCAGAGAACGGUUUACAUCGGAGCGACCUCCAGGAUCACAGAGGACACCUCAAGUCAGAGAUAUACCAGACAGCUUAGACAAAGUGGUAGUCCCGAGGGGUGGUUUUAGCGGACGGGGGCGCAACUCGUGGCGCAAUCCUCAUUACCGCACCCCGCACCCUUACCGCAGAAACAAUAUGCAUAGGAAUAAUUACGUAGCCCGACCUUCUUUUACACCACAAGUGACAGUUUGGGCAAAUCAACCUAAAACAAUCAGACCUAACAUACCUGAAAUACGUUCUGAUAUACCGCCACCGAAGAUCGUACCGGAUGUGUCUCCAGAAAGACCAAUGUUACCUCAAGAACCAUUGAGACCGGUUGAAAACCGUUAUCCACCAAGUUUCAAUCAAUUCAGACCGAAUGAUCCAAGACCGUUCGUUACUAGACCGGCUUUUGAACCGAGACCUGCCUUCCAGUAUCCACCGAGUUACCCCAGGUUCCCACCAAUCCGGGAGAUAGUUCCCAGCGGUGUAUCCCAUAUCCCACAAGUGACUAUACACCAACAUCCAGUUAUGCCCAAGAUGGGACGUGAACCUGAAGUGAGGAUGUUACCGAUGCAGUUGCCACCUAAUAUACCACCCGGAGGACUUGCCGGAAAGAAGGUGUUGAUCAAUCCACAUUUUAAAGGCAACUUCCAACCACCAGUUGAAGGGCUCCCUACGUACAUACCGACAAGAAUACAAAAGAGUCCGCCGCUGAGCCCCACACUCGAGCAAAAAUUUGGUCCCAUUAAAGAUAUAGAUGAUGCUGCGGAGAGGUUCAUAGCAGAGCAAAGGAAUGCAUUAGCUCGUGCAGCUGGUAGGAAGUUACCCAGGAGGUCACCGCAGAGAUACAUUGAGAACACAACUAUAGAGAUAGAGAAUGAGUUGGCUCGUCGCAGUGAGGAUGAGGAGUUGUUGCGGAGACAGGAAGAGUUUAUCAAUGCAAAUAGAGCUGGUCUGCGAAGGAGGAUGAGGUCCCCCAGCCCCCCACCGCGCCGCUCGCCCUCCCCCCGCCGCUCUCCGCCGCGUCGCACUCGCAAUGAAGUGCACGACGAGGAGAGUGAGUACAGACGUCGUCUCAGAGAACAGGAGAGUUUGAGAGAGAGAGUACUGCGCGCUAAGGAGGUGCGCAGGCGCAAGAACGCAGUCGCAUUACAGAAGCAGAUAGAUGACAAGGAACGAGAUAAAACAGACAAAGAUGAUACACAACCCGAAGUAGAAACUAAACAAGAUGUACCAAAAGUCGAUGAUAAACCAGAGAUAAUAAAAACUGUAGAACCAGUUGACAAGCCGAGCAGCACCCAGCCGGAUAGACCGGACACCACCAGGUCUCCGGACAAGGAGGUGAAAGUGCAGCCGGAGAUCAGAGAGCGUUCCCCGAUCAGCCAAGAGGAUCCUGAAGUUAAUUCUACUUGUGAGAACUUGACACCCCCCAGAGAAGAGAUGCCAGUGAAGGAGAGUGCGGCUUCCCCCGAGCGCGCCCUCACCCCUCCCCUGCCACCCGCUGCUGGGGGGAGGGGGGCCAGUGACGACGAGCUCGACCUCAUCCUUGAUGACAUCGAUGGCAUCCUCUCCGAUGAUGAUGACACCGGCCGCUUCAAAGACUCUGUGCAGUCUGAGGAGGAGAAGCAGAAGUCGCAGGUAGACCUGCGCAGUAAGCUGGUCACCAACAAGCCAGCAGAACGUCCGCAACGACAGAAGAUUGUCUUUGAACACAAGGAGGAACGUAAGAAAGACAAGUCUCCGGUGCGCAGAACUGUUGUGACCAGUUCUACUAAAGCUGAUGAACAACAGGAUAAGAAAACCAAUAAGACAAAAUCAAAGAGCGAUGCCACAACAAAGUCUAGAACAAGGAUCAUAUUUAAUAAGAAAGAGACGGAGAAACCAAAAGAGGAGGAGAAAAGUAUUAAACCAUUCAGCAACCGACGAGUGGUUCUCCAAAGGAAACCAAACCAGACUAUAUCUAUGGGUAUAUUCACACGCGCUGUCAGAACCGCCAUCAAUUCCGCGCACAAACACGAGCCACAAGUUGAAUACGCCUCUGAUUCAGACGAGGCCGGAGCUGUGGGGGGCGGAGCGCCCGGGGCUGUGGGGGGCGGAGCUGCGGGGGGCGGAGCCCGCACCGCACAUGUAGACAAUCUGCCACACGGCAUCACUGAUACACGUCUCAAGACCCUCGCCGGAGACCACGUCCAGAAUUUAGUAUUGGAUAAAGAAGAGCGUCGCGCGAAGUUAACAUUCAAAACGUCCGCAGCAGCUGAAAGUUUUAAAAAGAAGUUCCACAACAAAAUGGUAGCUGCCAGCAGAUUAACUGUUACUUUGCGAUAAAUCUAGAAAUAUGUAUACGGCGACUUAUCUGAUCCAUUGGGUAUAAGUUAAACUAUAUUAUAGAUCAUGUUAAAGUGUGACAUUCUUGUCGGAAUGUAGAUGUCUUGUGUUUUUGUGUCAUUUUCUAUAGUCCGGUCGCGGAGCAGGAAGA